CAGAACCGAACAGCCGGACAAGACGCUUUGUAGACGGUCAGUCGGUCUCAUUUUUGAGAGCAGUGGCGUCGGGAGACUCAUGUGAGAAAUCCCCGCGGGACUCAGUCGAUGCCAUCGAACCCAUUUUUUUCACCGAGCCCGGACUUUGCUGCCGUUAAAUUAAGCUCAAAGCCAAAUGCAACGGUUUGACGUUUGCCAGUGUCCUGCUGAAAGAAUUCAACCCACAGCGAGUCGCUGAGCUGCCAUUAGGAGUGUGAGACAUCUACAUUUAAAGCUCCAUUACACCGAAGAGACGACAUGUCUUCCCGGGAGCGUCGCUCAGACGUAUACAUAAAGGCCGAACCUAGUAGUCCAGAGGGCGGUGGCGGGGGUCGGACCAGCCCCGGCGGGGCUUCCUCGGAUUCCUCUCAGAGCGGAGGCGGCGGAACACGAGGAGACGGUGCCAAGCGUUACUCGCCACCACUCUACACGCCGGCCCUGCGUUGUCAUUUCAAAGACGAGGCCGGCGAAGGAGCAGAGGAGAGCUCCACCGGGAACGGAGCGGGGCGCUGCAAGUACGCCCUGAGCACGCUGCCCAAAAGGCUCUGCCUCGUAUGUGGGGAUGUGGCGUCCGGGUAUCACUAUGGAGUGGCGUCAUGUGAAGCCUGCAAAGCUUUCUUCAAGAGAACCAUUCAAGGUAACAUCGAGUACAGCUGUCCAGCAUCAAACGAGUGCGAAAUCACCAAAAGGCGCAGAAAGGCGUGCCAAGCAUGCCGCUUCACCAAGUGCCUCAAAGUAGGCAUGCUCAAGGAGGGAGUGCGUCUAGAUAGGGUCAGAGGAGGACGGCAGAAGUACAAACGGCGCCCGGAAGUCGAGAACGCCACAUACCAGAGUGCCCCUCUACCACUGACCAAGGAGAGCGAAAAAGGUGCCUCCAGUAUCAUUGUGUCCCACCUCCUGGUGGCAGAACCCGAGAAGCUCUUCGCCAUGCCGGACCCGCUGCAGCCCGACACGGCCCAGCGCACGCUCACCACCCUGUGUGACCUCGCUGAUCGCGAGCUGGUGGUGAUCAUCGGCUGGGCCAAGCACAUUCCAGGCUUCCUGUCCCUGUCUCUAGCAGAUCAGAUGUCGGUGCUGCAGUCGGUGUGGUUGGAGGUGCUGGUUCUGGGCGUGGCGUACCGCUCGCUCGGCUGCGAGGACGAGGUGGUGUUCGCGGAGGAUUUUGUCCUGGAUGAGGACAUGUCUCGAGCGGCGGGACUCACCGAGUUGAACGCAGCAAUCAGUCAGCUGGCUCGCCGUUUCCGCACACUAAACCUGGACCGCGAGGAGUUCGUCAUGCUGAAGGCCAUCGCUCUCACAAACUCAGACUCCAUUUACAUCGAGGACAUGGAGGCGGUGCAGAAGCUGCGGGACCUCCUCCACCAGGCCCUGCUGGAGCUGGAAUGCCAGCGGCGCCCGGACGACCCCCAGCGGGCCGGACGCCUCCUCUUAACGCUGCCCCUCCUCCGACAGACUGCCGGCCGUGCGCUCACCACCUUCUACAGCAUCAAGACCCGCGGCGGCGUCCCCAUGCACAAACUCUUCCUGGAGAUGCUGGAGGCCAUGAUGGACUCUCCUUAGAGCGCCGCGGCGGCUGAAGGAAAGGACGGCCUCAGAAACGCAGCAGAGAUUUAGUCUUCAGGAGCGGAUUCUACAACAAAACAAAGGCUGCUUUUACUUUAGAGAAUCAUAUAGGGAAAUCACUUUAUUCCUUUUUACUCGAUGUGAAGGAACGUGUUGGAACCUUUUUUAACUUGCUUUUUUAGUGGAAACGACGAUCUGCCAAACGUCAGCAAAACGCUCCAAGACUCUGAGGUGGACACGUGUAACAUAAAGGCCAGAACUCCCGUCAGCUUUAUAAACAUCAUCGCAGCAGAACUCUGAGGAUCACCUUUUAGAGAACGCAGGCAUAGACUGCAACCACAUGGCUUUGGAACUGUUAAAGGUCACGCCACAGCUGCGAGUGAAAGCCAUAACCUCACCUCUGGCUGACAUUUCUUUACUGUUUAGCAGCCCGCUGUUGGCUAAUCAUGUGAAUGACUUGCAAUAUGUUUGAAGCAAUACGGUGUGAUGUUUCAGUCACAUUUAAAAUGUGGAUAAAAGGCUUGAUUGGUAUGUUUGUGUUAGCUGAUCCCCAGAUACUGAAUACUAGUCAAAUCUGGUUUAUGAAACCUUUUGAGAUGAAAACCGUCUGCAAUAGAGAGAAGGGGGACGGACUGAUGAAAAAAAGAACGAGUUAUAGGAUGACAUGAAUAUAAAAAAGAAAAUGUGCGUCUGUAAAUUUCUCUGUUGGGCUUUCCAGCGUCCGUCUUUGUCGGUGCGAGUUACAGGAACGGUCGCCGCUCUUUCACUGUAAAAGCUCAUGCAGCCACAGCGGCGGACACAAAGCAACGUGCCUCAUCAGCUCUUUUCUACUCCACUCCCCUCCUCCUCCUCCUCCUCCACCGGAGCCACAGACUGACCUCCAAGUGUCCGCUGAAGGACGCCGGCUCCCGUUUCACGCCUGUCCUGAAACGCGUCUGCGAGUGAUGCAUGGAGCGAUUCGGCUCUGAAAUCCCCCUGAGAUCCCGCCUCCUGUGGACGCACAUCCGUGGAACUUAAACUCUUAAAAGCCCCCGGACGGGCUCAGGGCUACAAGAAGCGCAACUUAUGCAACUCAGCUGUUUUUGGAUGUUGAAACUUUGACUGAUAAAAUCCUGAAAGUCCUCCUCAUUGUGACCGUUUUCAAAGGUCGCGAGCGUCACGUGGAACCCGACGGAGGAAGGUCUCAUCCCAGUGGCCAACGGGGCGUUUCUCUUUCAGCCAUGUAUAGUUCCAUCUGAAUAAACAAUGCAAUUUAUAGUGGAAGCCGAUGAAGCCAGCAGAUGUGGUACUACGUCCCCAUUACUGUGCUACUUGUGCAGCUUAGUGUGCUCGUGUGUGUAAAGACAUGAAACUGGCUUCUCCAUGCAUUUCUAGGAAAUAAGGGCAUUUUCAGUCGACAUUGUGACACUUUUCCUUCUUUCCGAGGCCGUUUGCUGUUUUAGGGAUCAACAUUGCAUGACUUUAUAGGUGUGGCAGCACAGUGAGGCUACAAACGGCUACCUCAGGAGGCGGCAUGAGCCUGACGGAUGGCUGUGAAGGUGUCGUACUCAAAAAAAGAAAAAAACACCCCUUCUUUCAGUUGGGUUGACCUGAGGCCGGUUCAGAGGUCCAGCUCUGUUGCAGUGACAGAUGUUUGGCAGAAUGGUUUUCCUCACUACAUUUCUAAAACACCUGGUGGAAAACACCAGGGUGCUUUUAUUUUGAAAUUUCCAUCAGUUAGAUUAUUUCUCCUUUUUGUUGGUACAGUGGGUUAUGGUGGAGGGUCACUGCAGCAUUAAAGGUCGAGUUAUCCUGUCGUGUCGGUCCUAUUACUAAUGUGCACAUUAUUAUAAAUGAGCAAUACAAUAAAUUUACCAAACUUCAUAUUUCCUUGUAUAGCCACAGUGUACAUUCAUGCCAGUUAUAAUUAUAAAUAGCAACUAAAUGUUAUUUAGGAGUUUGAAUCAAUGUUUGUAUUUUGAAAGAAUAUUUAAAUGAUUAAAUUCUAUUUUUUACCCAAUUUACUGUUUGUUGACACUGCUUUAUUUUUUGUAUGUGAUAUCAGCUGUGAAUUUCUGUUUUUGUUUGUAUGUUUCGAUGAAAUGGUUUGAUGUCUUUGUCUAAAUAUGUCCACAUUAAAUUCACUGUGACGUCAAAAAAAAAAAAGAAUCGAAAAUGGUAAUUGUGAUCUCUUAACACGUCUCUGAUGCAAACCGAAAGGGAUUGUGUGGGAUUUGUGAUGUGAAAUAAACGGACACACCACUACA